ACUAAUGUAUAUAUAAUUGAUUCAUAUUGUACACAUCUGUACGUUUUAUCAAAAUGUCGGUGAGUGAAAAUGAUCCACUAAUCGUGAAUAAUAAAGCGUUCAAAAUUAAAACAAUAAAUUGCAGACACUUUCUUUUACUUCCGGUGGCUAUGCUUUUGUUUUUUGGAUUUGUAGUGCAGUUCUAUGUCAUUUCUCAAUGGAUACAAUAUGUCAUAAAAAGGGAAGCACAACUUGAAGAUGCUGGGAGUACUUCUGGGUGUUUACUAAGUAACACUAGUGACCCUAGAUAUAAGUCAUUUCAAAAUGUCGAGAAAAAGACUGCCUUAUGGCAACUGUAUUAUAUGCUGUCUUCUUCCAUACCGGCAUUCUUUGUAACAGCAGUACUUCCGUCAUAUUCGGAUACGUUCGGAAGGCGAAUUCUAUUUAUUAUUCCGUAUAGUAUGAUGCUUUUAAAAUACAUUCUCUGUAGUCUCAUCAUCUUUUAUGAAUGGGAUCUGAUUUGGAUAUUACUCGCUUCUUCAUUAGAAGGAAUAAGCGGGUCUUAUUUUACUGUCUUUUCCGGAUGUUACUCCUUCAUAGCAGAUUUGACAAAACCUGGACGUCAGCGAACGCUCUUUAUUACAUGUUUUGAUGGCAUUCAGUUACUCAGUAUAACAGUAGCAGGUUUUGUUUCGGGCUAUUUCAUAGAAUUUCAGGGAUAUUUUGUUCCGAUGGCAUCAUGUACUUUAAUACUUUUCUGCGCAUGGGCAAUAGCUAUCCUAUUUCUUCCGGAAACUCUUCAGAAGGAGAAUAGUUCUGACGUAAUAUCCGUUUUUACUAAUUUAAAAAGAACUGUUGAUUUUUAUAAAAGUAAAACAUUUUCAGGCAAAAGAGCCGCUUAUACGCUUCUAGUUUUGUCAAUUUUCACCGCAGAAAUGGCCGGGAGCAACCGUGGAUCAAUUGAAAUGCUGUAUCAGUUGGGAAAACCUUUCUGUUGGCCAUCGCAGAAAAUUGGACUAUUUAGUGCUGCAAGACAUGCGGCACAGGGUUUUGCAGGUAUCGCUUUGAUAACGCCUUUAAAGAAAUGUUUGUCUGAAGUUCGUAUCGCCAUAUUGAGCAAUUUUGUAAAUGCUGGCUCCUUUGUACUGGAAGCGUUUGCAAGAACAGAUCUGAUGCUUUACCUUGUGCCAGUUCCAGCUCUGCUAGGGCGCUUGACAGUGUCGAUGUCAAAAAGUAUUAUGUCUUCUAUGACAGACGCCGACAAGCAAGGAUCAUUAUUUGCAAGCAUUACAGCUAUGACAAGCAUAUGUGGCUCUGCAGCACCUUUCCUAAACAACGCCGUUUAUGCUGCCACUGUUUCCUUUUUUAACGGUUUCAUUUUCCUCGUUCUGGCUGGCUUCUGCGGACUUGGUUUUACUUUACUAUUGAUAUAUGCAAAAACACAGACAUUCAAGAAUGACAUGCCAAAAAUUGAAACAAUCAUCACCAAUGGUUAGAUAGUCACAUACGAACAUCAAUAAAAGAUAAAAUUUU